GUUAUCGCAAAUCUUUUGAACAAUUUACUUUAACAAAAUCAUUAGUAAUUAAUCAAACGGCUAAAGCAAUUUCUCUUUCAAGGAAAAAGGACGCAGUGACCAAAGAAUAUAUCAAAGAAUUACAGUGUUUGCUCAA